CCUGUGCAGUGUGAUAAAGAAAGUAGAAGUAGUCAGCAGCUGUGGUCCAACCAGAUAAAACUUUUAGGCGGGAAGUAAAGUGACAAACUCGUGUGUGCGUGUGUGUGUGUUUAACUGUUAGUUGCUUUGAUAUUUUUAAAAAGGCUGUUUGUGGAAGUCAGACCACAUAGCAGGAAGAGUCAACAGCAAGAUGGAUUUGGGAAAGGACCAAUCUCGCUCGAUGCUCCAUCAGACACCUGGUCCUCAUCAAGAAGAGAACCAUGUUCCAGAAAUCAUUGGAACUUGGAAUCUGCGAAACAGAGAACAACUCAGGAAAAGAAAAGAGGAAGCACAAGAGAAGCAAACUUCACAAUGGCAAUUUGGAGAGAAAAAAUGCAAGAGGCCAAGGAUAGGAAAAGGAAAUAAAAGAGGCAGAAAGAGACAACAAAACACAGACCUGAAGGUGGAGCCUCAGUCACAAUUUAAAAAAGACAUGAGGGAGAAAGCAUUAGCACCUAUGGAGAAAGAACUUGAACCACCUAGGACUAUAACUGAAGCGCUCUAUCUGGUAGCCUCUCCCAAAAAAGUUGUGCCUGAGAAACAAAUUUUUGCAAUGGAUCAAGAAAGCAUUAUACAUCAGGCGAAUUCUUCCGAGAUACAAGAAACAGCAAUACAAAACCACUCUUCUGAAACAUGCCAAGAUAUGGAUGACCCUGAAGUCCUCUCUCCUAAAAUAUGCCAAGAAACAGCUGUACUUCAAGGCCAUCCUUCCAAAAUGUGCCCUGAUAUGGCUGAACCUGAAGCCCUCUCUUCUAAAAUGUGCCAAGAAACAGCCAUACUUCAAAACCAUUCUUCCAGAAUGUGCCCUGAUAUGACUAAACCUGAAGACCUCUCUCCUAACAUGUGCCAAGAAAUAGCUGUAUUUCAAGGCCAUCCUUUCAGAAUGGCUGAACCUGAAGAUCUCGCUCCUAAACUGUGCCAAGAAACAGCUGUAGUCAAAGUCCUUCCUUCUAAAACUGAAGACAUAGCUAACCUGGAAGGAUGCUCUCCCGAAGCAUUCACCAAACCAGAUGUGCCUAAAGGCUAUGCUCAUGAAACAUACCAGAAAAGAGCUGAACCUGAGGAAUACAAUUCUGAACCAGAUCAAGGAAUUGCUGAGAUUAAAAGCUUCUUGCCUAAAACAGAAGAAAUAGCUGUGCCUAAAGACCUUUCUACAAAAACACACCAAGAAACAGUUGAACCCGAACACUUCUCUCAUGAAACAUAUAAAGAAAUUGCUGUGCCUAAAGCACCCUCUCAUAAGACAAUCCAAGAAAUGCCUGCUGCUGGGGAAUAUCCACCUGAAAUAUACCAAGAAACACCUGGGUCUGAAGACUAUUCGCCUGAAAUAUACCAAGAAACACCUGGGCCUGAGGACCUCUCCACCAACACAUAUAGAAAUAAGGAUGUGCCUCAAGAAUGCUUUCCAGAGCCGUACCAAGAAACAGAUGGGCCCCAAGGCCAGGAUCCUAAAGCACACCAGGAGGAUGCUAAGGAUGUUUAUACUUUUCCUCAAGAAAUGAGAGAAAAACCCAAAGCAGAGGAACCAGAGAUACCAGCAAUUCCAAAUGUUCCUCAAGAGAUUCAUCCAGAAAAUGACGUCUAUAGUUAUGUUUUGUUUUAACGAUGCUCAACCAUCAGUUGUCCAACAAAAUACACAUCUUAGUAUACGUGUGAUUCUCAAAACAUUGUAUCUCUACAAUACUCAUUAAUGUUUUAAGUGGUUUUUUUUCCCACAUAUAGACUACAGCUGAAAGAGUGAACUAAGGUGUUUUUUGAGGCUCUACCACGUAGAUGAUAUCCUGCUAGUUUGUGUGUGUGUGUGUGUGUGUGUGUGUGUGUGUGUGUGUGUGUAUUUUGGGGUAAGGAUAGCGGUGGGGAGAGACAGAAACGGGAAAGGCGGGGGUGCUGAAUAACUGAUUUUUACCCUUAAGAACAAACCUUUCUUUGGUUGAUUUUUUUAAUUUAUUUUUUUCCUUGGUUAAUUCUCAAAAGUAGAGAGAGUAUAUUGUCUGUUCAUUUAAAAUUUGGGGAGUAAUAGUUUUCUUGUAAACUUUGUUCAAUUAUCAAUGUAACAACAGUAUCAACAUUUUAUUCAGGCUUUAGUUGGCUUUUUAAGUUAAUUUUAACAAUUUAUCCUUCUGGGACUCCUUCAAAGGUAUUUUGAGGUAAUGAGUAAUAAAUGUAGUUUACUUAAGUAUUUGAAUUUUGAUUUUCUAUUUUUCCUUUUUAAACAUUGCAUUUGUGCAAAAAGUACAUUAAAUCAUUAUCACAUGCUUCA